ACCCUUUUCCCUGGCCGUUGGUGGCAGCCUCGACCGCCCUUUGCCGGGUUCGUCCAUGGUGGUGCCGGCGCCGAGUCGAUCGUGCCGAGCAACAGGUUCGGGAACUUGAAGGGGCAGAGCGAGAGGAGGAGGAGGAGGAGGAGGAGGAGGCGGAGGGGCGCGACGAUCGGCUGGAAAGCAGAGGCGCCAACGCGGCAGCAGCAGCGGCGGCGACGGCGGCGGCGGGGUUGGCCGAGAGGCGGCCUCGUCCUCGCCGUCCGCUGGGAUGUCCCUCUCCGCUUGGUGCUUCAUCCUUUGCUGGGCUCCCGCCCUGGCCUUAAGGAACCUCAACUAUUCGGUGCCAGAGGAGCAAGGCGCCGGCACGGUGAUCGGCAACAUCGGCCGCGAUGCCCGGCUGCAGUCCGGGUCGUCGAGCGGCGGGUCGCCCUCGCUGGAGCGGCCCCGCGGUGCCAAGGCGACUUUCCGCGUGCUGGAGAACUCGGCUCCCCACCUGCUGGAUGUGGACGGCGAGAGCGGCUUGCUGUACACCAAGCAGCGCCUGGACCGCGAGGCUCUCUGCCGCCGGAACGCCAAGUGCCAGCUCUCCCUCGAGGUCUUCGCCAACGACCAGGAGAUCUGCAUGAUCAAAGUGGAGAUCCAGGACCUCAACGACAACGCGCCCGCUUUCCCCUCCGACCAAGUGGACUUGGACAUCUCCGAGAACGCAGCGCCGGGCACCCGCUUCCCGCUGGCCAGCGCCCACGACCCCGACGCGGGCGAGAACGGCCUGCGGACUUACCUGCUCACCCGCGACGACUACGGCCUCUUCGCCCUUGAUGUCAAAGCGCGGGGCGACGGCACCAAAUUCCCCGAGCUGGUGGUCCAGAAGCCGCUGGAUCGUGAGGAGCAGAGCCACCACACCUUGGUGCUGACCGCCCUGGACGGCGGGGAGCCGCCUCGCUCCGGCACCGUCCAGCUAAACGUCCGCUUGAUCGACUCCAACGACAACAGCCCGGUCUUCGAGGCGGCUUCCUACGUGGUGGAGCUGCCGGAGAACGUCCCGCUGGGCACCGUCCUCCUCGACCUCAACGCCACCGACGCCGACGAAGGCACCAACGGCCAGGUGCUCUACUCCUUCAGCGGUUACACGCCCGACCGGGUGCGGGAGCUGUUCAGCAUCGAUCCCCAGACGGGCUUGAUCCGGGUCAAAGGCAACCUGGACUACGAGGAGGGCAACUUGGUGGAGAUCGACGUCCAGGCCCGGGAUUUGGGUCCCAAUCCUAUCCCUGCCCAUUGCAAAGUGACUGUGCAUUUGUUGGAUCGUAAUGACAAUGCGCCCACCAUUGGCUUCGUCUCGGUGCGCCAGGGGGCCCUGAGCGAGGCGGCCCCGCCGGGCACCGUCAUCGCCCUGGUCAGGGUGACGGACCGGGACUCCGGGAAGAAUGGGCAGCUGCAGUGCCGGGUGCAAGGCAGCGAUGGCAGUGGAGGAGAUGGGGCCGUGCCCUUCACCUUAGAGGAGAAUUAUGAUAACCUGUACACAGUGGUGACCGACCGGCCCUUGGACAGGGAGGUGCAGGACGAGUACAAUGUCACCAUCUUGGCUCGGGACGGGGGCAACCCGCCUCUGAAUUCCACCAAGUCCUUCUCAGUCAGGAUCCUAGACGAGAAUGACAACCCGCCACGUUUCAGCAAGAGCCUUUAUGUGCUGCAAGUGCCUGAGAACAACAUCCCGGGAGAGUAUCUGGGGUCCGUGUUGGCCAAGGACCCCGACCUGGGCCAAAAUGGCACCGUCUCCUACUCCAUUCUGCCGGGACACGUGGGGGACGUCUCUAUUUACACCUACGUCUCGGUCAACCCAACCAACGGGGCCAUCUACGCUUUGCGCAGCUUCAAUUACGAGCAGACCAAACAUUUUGAGUUCCACGUGUUGGCCAAAGACUCGGGCUCCCCCCACCGGGAGAGCAACGCCACCGUCCGGGUCACCGUCUUGGAUGUCAAUGACAACGCCCCCAUGAUUGUCUUGCCGGCCCUGAUCAAUGACACGGCUGAACUCCAGGUCCCCCGCAAUGCCGGCGUGGGCUACCCCGUGGGCACCGUCCGGGCCAUGGAUAACGAUUUCGGGGAAAGCGGACGCUUGACCUAUGAGAUUGUGGAAGGCAACGAGGAGCAUCUCUUUGAGAUAGACCCUACCAGUGGGGAGAUCCGCACCCUUCACCCUUACUGGGAAGAGCUGAGUCCUGUGGCAGAACUCGUGGUGAAGGUCAGUGACCACGGGAAGCCCAGCCUUUCUGCAGUGGCCAAGCUGAUUGUCCGGGCCUUGGCUGGGCCUUUGCCUGAAGCAGGAGAGCCCCAGGUCAACGGGGAACAGCACCGCCGGCCUCACUGGGACCUCUCGCUGCCCUUAAUCGUGACCCUGAGCACCGUGUCCAUCAUCCUCCUGGCUGCCAUGAUCACCAUCGCCGUCAAGUGUAAACGCGAGAACAAGGACAUCCGUACCUACAACUGCCGUAUUGCUGAGUACAGCCACCCUCAGUUGGGUGGAGGGGGCGGGGGAGGNCUUGAAACUCUACAUCAAGAAAACUAA